AUGGCACUUAAACGAGGGAGAAACGAAAAAAGUAUUGCCACAGCUUGGACGCCGGAUUUAUUUGGACCUGUUUUUAAGAAAAAGAUUUUGACAGUAAAGCAGGCCUUGCAUUUGCGUGAUGUAAACGAGCUGAUUCAUCGUAUGGCCACUUUCGUUCCCGAUGAGAUAAUAUACGGAAAUUUAUCAGAGAAAAGUUUACAAAGCUUCAAAGCUGUUUUAAUGUUUUUAAACAUUUCAGCUGAAGGGAUAUUAACAGCAUGGAAAGUACACGAUGGCGAAUUCAUAUAUAAUAUUGUGCAAAAUGUAAUAGCAAGAGCAAUAAGUAUACAAAAUUCUAUAGCAGGUUUAAAAGACGCGAAUGUGGCUAUUUCUGCCGGGGACGUAAAGUUCUCGGUGAUUGGUGACGAUGAAGCUCGGCAUUUCGUGAUAUGUGGUGUGCCGAUCGAAGAGCUAAAAAAUGCGAAAAAGAUUUCUCUGCCGAAUGACUUGAUACUAUCACUUAGUGCAUGGCAGCAUUGUCAACCAAGUCAAUAUGAAUAUGUCAUCAAGAAUCCGUAUAAUAUAAAGAUAAUAAGAGUGUUAAAGUCAGACAUAAUAUCAACUUACAUGGCACCGAUAUUGCCGAAUAAUCGCGACGAUCCAAACUAUGAACCAUCUAUGGAGGAAAAAUUGAUAAUAAAUGACAUCAGACCAUCAUCACUUUACAGAACACACUUGAUAUCUAUUAACGUAGAAUCUGAGACAGAAAUUACUAAACAGAAAAGUACGACAGCGAUCACGGAGAUAGCAGCAAUAAAUCCGAAUUUCAGCACACAUUUAAGAAGUUAUUUGAUAAAGCCGGUGAUCCAACAGAUCGAAAAAGGUGAAUCAUUAAGAUUCUUGGCGGAGAUUAGACGAAUUACAAUAAUAUCUAUUAAUAUUGUUCCCAAUGAAUGUUCAGACAACGAAUUAAUUCUUUUGAUAGAUAAUUGCUUUCUACUUUUGCAUAGUAUAAUUACGCAAUACGGAGGUUGUAUUAACAUAAUGAAUCUGUAUGAGAAGAAUAUUUUUUUUUGCAUUGGUUUUGGUAUACGUGGAUGCAACAACGAGAACCAAUUUAAAAUCGAUGAAACUUGUAAAAAUGGAAUUAUUUGUGCGACACAGAUAUUGCAAACAGUGCAAACCAUCGUAGGGGUUCAAAGCAUUUUUAUCGGCAUAUCAACAGGAAUAGCUUAUUGUGGCGUGAUCGGGCAUAUCGCUAGAAGAUAUUACGCAAUUAUUGGACCGCCUAUCGAUAAAGCUAUAAAAAUAAUGGAUAUUUCCUGUAAUAAAGUUUCCUGUGAUUAUGACACCAUGUUGCAUAGUCAUUUUAGAAAAAAUCAAUUUCGUUGUCGAGGCAUAAAAAUUUUACAAUUGGAAAAAUAUCACAUCUUUGAAUAUCUUGGUGAUGUACCAAAUCAGAAAGAUGUACCUUUGUCUUUGGAAUAUGGUUAUCCUAUUUUGGGUAGACUGCAAGAGUUGGAACACUUCAAUGAGAUUCUGGACAAUAUUGGAAUCGCAGAUCGAAAAUAUUCAGGAUUGUUGAUCGAGGGAAUCGAGAGGUCAGGAAAAUCUAGACUUUUAGAUGCUUUCGUCAUGAACGUUUGUAACAGACAAAUAAAACCAAUCAAACUUUCUCUUCAUGUGACAUACGCGGAGAAGUCUUAUUCAGUUAUAUAUCAUAUUAUUUUGCAGAUACUUGAAGCUGAAGAUUGCGAGACUGUUGAAGAACGUGAAGAGAAGUUACUUAAUAAAUUGUGUGACGUUCUCGCCUUGGAAGAUUUUUGCUAUCUAAAUAUUUUAAUGAGAGUUCGUUUUCCUCUUUCCGAUUCUUAUUGCUUAGAUACCGAUUCGCAACGUCAUAUGAAGACUAUCGAUAUCUUUAAAAUAAUAUUAAAGCAGUUGAAGAGUAAAAUCUGCAUUUUGCUUGAUGACGUUCAAUACCUUGAUCACAGAUCCUGGCAAUUUUUAUCGUCGGCUCUUGAUAAUUGUAAUAUCGUCAUAGCGAUGACGAUAGUGAGGCAUCACUCUUGGGAAGAUUUGUCCCAUGUGGAAGUGGAGAUUUACAAAGAUAAAAGGCUAACGAAUCAUAAUUUGCUCGGUCUAGAUGUAGAUCUACUCCCGGUAUUUGCGUGUCAAUUUCUGAAUGUCCUUGCAAUACCCACAAAAUUAAGCAGGAUUUUGGAAAAAUGCCAGGAUGGUCAUCUCGGGUGGUGCGAGGCGUUGCUGACGUUGAUCCUUCAAAGUAAUGGUCUGAAUUUCAUUCAGAUAUCGCCCAGCAAAGCGUUACAACAGGAUCUUGUUUUUCCAAAUGGCAGUCUGGUGACAAGGCUACCGAUAGAUCUGACACCAGAGGAAUUGGCGCCACCUUUAUCCUGGUUGCAAAGGGAUCUUUUAGAUGUCUGUGUCAUAAACGAGAAUUUCGUUAAGAUUACCAACAAAAAUCGCGACAUAACAGAAUUAAGAAACGAGAUCUACAAUAGAAUGAAUCCUUAUGAGCAAGAUUUCAUUAAGUGCGCUGCCACGUUGGGCAGAGUGUUUAAACGAAGCAUGAUAGAAAAUGUAAUGUUGAAUGCGAUCCCACUGCACACCAUUAAAACCGUUUCCGAAAUGAUUCGAAUACGGAUAUUAGAAUGUGCUUCUCUGCAGCGACGGGCUUUCUACACUCAGGAUCUUAUCCUUUGUAUAGAUAAAAAGCGGCAAACGUUCUCCAAUAUGCAUCAUUCGUUAGACUGCAAUUGUCAUGAUUCACGAGUUAUCGUUAGCCGUUAUCUCUUGCCUCUUCAUGGUCAUUGUAAAAUGUUAGAGUUCAAAGUCAAUGCAUUUCAUCAGAUGAUGUAUGACAUACAAACAGAUGAAGAAAAGCAAGAAUAUCAUACGAGAGCAGCUAAGAUAUGUGAGCCGGACGCUCGAAAAUGUAAUUCUUGCGGUAGCGGUCGUUUUCUGAAAAUUCUCAACGAAGAUGUACUUACAGAAUUGAAGGAACAAAUUUCAAAACCCAAAAUUGUGUUGGUACGUCGUCGAACGCUUAUCGAAGAUAAAUGGAUGAAACCUAUGACAAUACUUCCAGAAUCGACAAUACAAACAAUUUCUGCAAAGAAAAAAAGCAAUUCUGUUAAUAUUUGUAGGAUAUCUAUUAUGCCGUCAGAUAUUGAUGAUGAAGAAACUGAAGUAAUUUUCAAAAACGGAGACAAGAAUAAACAUGACAGAAUAAUGUUUAAAAGGCGAUCUAGUAUUUUUCCAGAAAUGACAGAUCCUUCUGAUCCAAGCUUAUUAGAAAAGUUUAAUCAUAUCGAUUAUCGUAAUUGUCGAUGCAAUAAUAUUAUCAGCUAUCUUUUUUGGAAGUUGCGUGAGCAUAUUGAAAAAAGUGGAAAAAUCGACAAAUUACUCGAGUUUUUUAUACAGUACAGCGCCGGAAUGAUCCAAAUUGCGCAACCUCUUUAUGCCAUUAAGUUGCUUUCAAUUGCCGCUGAAAGAAGUAAGGCCGUCGAAGUGAACGAGUCGAUCGAUAAGAAUACAGAAGACAGUAAUAAAGGAAUUAUUCUAGCUUUAAUGGGUGAUGCUCACAAUGCAUUAGGAAAUUAUGAUCAAGCUAAAAAAUAUUACCUCUUGGCGGUGAAACUGCGAGGUGGAAUUCCAUUUAAAAAAAAAGACAUCUGUUAUAACAUAAUAGUAUUAAGAGGUAAAUUGGAAAAAGCCGUAUUAAUAGGUAUAAAGGUCUUGAAAAUAUCUGAAACAUUGCAUCUUAAGAAACUAAUGCUGAUUAUUAUGCCCUCAAUAAUUCAAAUAAUGCUAUGGACCAGACGUGUCAAUGAAGCUGUCGACUUGAUGCGGGAAUUAUAUUUUUUGGCAGACGAGGAUAUAGAUUUGUCAGCUAAGACAUGGUAUUAUGCUCUUUCUUUAGAUCUCCUGCUGGAUGCAGGAAUAGUAUUGGAAUUGUACGAGACAUCUUAUAACUAUUAUGUGAAAUUUAUUGGUAAUAACUGUAAUGCAGUAUGUAUAGAUAUUAUUAAAAUUAAUAAAGGAUUCGAGUGUUACUUGCUACUAUUACUGCACUGCAUCAAUACGAAGUACUCUAACGAGCCAUAUAAUCUUGUUCAAGAUAUUUCCAAAAUUAGAAAAUGCCUCAAAAACAUUUCUAAGUAUGCGAGAUUUAUAAAAUCACGUUUAUAUUUGUUGAUGGCAUAUUUGAAUGUUCUUCGGAACUGGAAAUCGAAUACACGGAUCUAUUUGUACAAAGCACAGAAAUUCGCGAUUUUACAAGAAAACCAAUUGAUGAAGGCAUGGAUCAUACAAAAUAGAAGGACGUGGAAGGAGAAACUUUAUGAUAAUAUGGCGCGAUACUGGUUGGAAUACAUUAAUUCGACAGAUAUCGUGCCUUGGCAAUAUAUUCGUAACUUUAACGUCGAAACGUGGUCCACUAUUCUUUAUUUUUUACCAAUGCCUGAUGCACACUCGUAACGAACAAUGAAAAGCACAAUCUCUUAUGUAGCAUAUUAUUCUCCUAUCUAUUGCAAUUCAUUAUCUUCAUAGAUACUGGUUAAAAACGGAAAGAAGAUGUUCUAGCGAAAUAUUUAUUUAUUAAAGGCAUAUUACAUUUUUAUGUUCUAAAAGAUAAACACGACGAUCCCCUCGUGCGCACGAUCUUCGUGUCGAGGAAAUUUUUUCGAUCCUUUUCUAUUUUCCACAAAAUGACCUCCGCGCAUGAUGAAUCUCGAUCUCGUCGCGAGUUCCGCUUAAAUACGAAUGUUUCCGGUGACCGAUUGUUUACACUUACAUCUUGACGAUUAAUUAUUACGUAUUGCGAUUUAAUUAAUUGCUCUAUUUGGCCGAAUUUGGCCGAGUACGCCAAGGAUAUUUGCGAAUAUUCGAGAAAAAAGAACGUAGAAAAUGAGAGAAAAAGAACAAAAUAGAAAAAGACAGAAAUUGUGAGAAAAAA